GAAUCUGGCUGACACAUUAGACUGGCCAACUAGUGAGAGGAAACAUUGAGCCGCGGAGAGCACGAGUAUCCAUCCUUCAUCUCAGGAGGAACACACACUUCUAUCGCCAGUGAAAACAGGAUAUUACCAUGAUGGCAGUCCGGGGCAACGCCGGUCGCUUGUUCCAAUUUGCCAGGAGCAGCGUCAGUCUGAAUGCAAGGAGACGCUCCACUGCUGCUGCUUUAGCCCAGACAGCGACUCUAGAAACACAGGAGAACAGGAAGCCUAAGACAGGCAUCUUGAUGCUGAACAUGGGAGGACCCGAGAAACUAGAAGAUGUUCACGGCUUCCUGCUGCGGCUCUUCAUGGACACAGACCUGAUGAAACUCCCUGUGCAGAACAAGCUCGGCCCGUUCAUCGCUAAGCGCCGCACGCCAAAGAUCCAGGAGCAGUACAGUAAGAUCGGAGGGGGCUCGCCCAUCAAACACUGGACCUCCAUGCAGGGGGAGGGCAUGGUGAAGCUGCUGGACGAGAUGAGUCCUGAGACAGCUCCUCACAAGUUCUACAUCGGUUUCCGGUACGUUCAGCCGCUGACGGAAGAUGCUAUCGAGGAGAUGGAGAAAGAUGGAGUUGAACGAGCUGUGGCCUUCACACAGUAUCCUCAGUACAGCUGCUCCACCACAGGCAGCAGUCUGAACACCAUCUACCGUUACUACAGAAACAGAGGCGAAAGGCCAAAAAUGAGCUGGAGUGUCAUUGACCGCUGGCCCACACACCCUCUGCUGGUGGAGUGUUUUGCAGAACACAUCAAUAACGAGCUGCAGAAGUUUCCAGAGGAGAAGCGAGACGACGUUGUCAUUCUGUUCUCAGCACACUCGCUCCCUAUGGCUGUUGUAAACAGAGGCGACCCAUAUCCUCAAGAAGUGGGAGCCACAGUUCAGAGAGUCAUGGAGAGACUGGGACACUGUAACCCUUACAGGCUGGUGUGGCAGUCCAGGGUGGGGCCCAUGCCGUGGCUCGGCCCCCAGACGGACGAGGUCAUUAAAGGUCUGUGUGAACGAGGGAAGAAGAACAUCCUGCUGGUGCCCAUCGCCUUCACCUCCGACCACAUAGAGACUUUACACGAGCUAGACAUCGAGUAUGGACAGGUGCUGGGGGAGGAGUGUGGCGUGGAAAACAUCAGGAGAGCAGAGUCGUUGAAUGGGAACCCUCUCUUUAUUAAGACUCUGGCAGACCUGGUCCAGUCCCACCUGAAGUCCAACAAGCCCUGUUCCCGCCAGCUGACCCUCCGCUGCCCGCUGUGCACCAACCCCACCUGUGGAGAGGCCAAGGCCUUCUUCGCCAGCCAGACACUCUGAUAGAAACCUACUCUGUGCCCUCCCUGCAGCAGUGCCCCUGAAGAAACUUAGGCCUUCUUCAAUAAACAGAACACACACACACACACACACACACACACACAAACACACACUGUCCCUCCAGCAGGAGUGUCUGUUACACAGAGAGCAUAACGUGAAGAACUGGCCAAAUGGUCUCUGUGAACACAUUUUGAGGCAUGUUUUACCGUACCUGCGUGUUGGACACGAGGAGUUUGACCACUGCAGUGCUUUACUUUAUGGGGAAAACACACUGAAAGGCAGAAAAUGUUCAACACUCAAUCACUAAUUUGCAUUUUGUAAGUCAUACUUUAAUAUUCAGAGUAAUGGGCUAUGUUAAGCUUUAGAUACACAAACAAAACAAUUGAUUUCAGAUUGUGUAAACAGUAUGAAUAAAACAAAGUGCUGAUCAAAUUUAGAGUGAACCUGCUGGCACCCGUAUCUGAUGUUAAUCUCAGAUUUUUUCAACGUUCUUGAUUUGGUAAAUAUUCCCUAACAGACAAACCACACCGAUUGAAACGACCGCCUCUGUCAGGGUUUGCAAAUUCCAUUUGGUCAAACUCUGUGCAGGUGAAAGAACUGACACACUGCUCACAUCCCAUCAGAGCUACAGGAAAAUAAAACUAAUGCCUUGCAUUAGUUUUAUUUUCUUUGUUUGUCUUAUUUUAUUAUAGCUCCCUUGCUUACAUUCCAUUCACCUAGCCCCUGCAAACUCCCAUCAGAGACCCCAUUUCUCGCCUUGCUGGCACUAAAUGAUUAGCAGUCAGCCAUGAUGACGUCACCACACACAAGGGAUCCUGUUGGUUGGCUGUUUCUCUCUCCCGCCUUCUCACCUGUUCUGUUUCACCUCUUCUCAUGUCAUUGGCCCAGCAGCCAGUAACCCCGUUCUGCUUUAAUCCCAGCAAUGUGAUUGGAGGAGGUUUGUGCUCCUCAGAAUGCUUCUCCCUGGUAUUUGAAUACCAGUGAGCGUAAGAGAUUAAAAAAGAGCGAUUUAGACGUUAAGAAAAUGAGAAUUAAUUAAGGAUUAAUAAUAGAAAUUGUUGCAUUAAUCUUGUACCUAUGCUGGUGCUGUACAGCCGUUAAAAACACAUUACAUGAUUUCUAAAAUAAACCAGAGUACAGCUGUAGUCCAGCUAAGAUGAAAGUGUCUGGGCUCGGAACCUCUCGAGGUGUCAUGAAUUAAUUUGUGAUGGUUUACAAGCUAGAUGACACAAAAAGACGCAAAUCUGUUAACAUGCUUUUGUUUUUAGUUGUGAUCACUUGAGCCUUGGGCCUCCGCUGAUAACAAAUUAGAAACUGAAAAGGGAAAAUGUAGCUGGUCACCUCUUUCCAUGUGCAGCCUGAGAGUUAGUUGUGCCAGACAGAUAGAAAAAAGGCUGUUUUUAGAGGAAAAGGUCAGUUAGUAGCUGACUAAAAACCAACACAAUAAAAUGAACAGAAUUAGGAAAUGUACCACUGUAUUGCAGUUACAAGCAAAUAAUGAUUGCAGAUAUCAUAUACAUCAGGUGCCCUUGAUGGGGAAAAACACAUGGGAGUAAAUUCUACUGGUUUUCAAAUACAGACAGUUGUCAGUGUUCGCAAUUACAACAUCUGGGCCCAUGAAAAGGCAGCCAACACUAGCUGCACACCCACCUUUCUAUAGUUCUGGAUGAAGACAGUGCUGACUGUGCAGAAGCUGCCAAUAACUCAGCAGGUGUUCAUAUACCAUGAAGCAAAAGUUUUAAAAAAUCAGUGCUAGCAAGCUGCUACUUCCUGAGUGGAUGACAAACAAAAUAGUACGAUGGGUCCUCCCGAAUGUUGAAUGUUGACAGCUUAAAGCGCUAUGGUUUGAUGGCUGAUGCUGUCACCAGUCAGUAGCACCAUGGGCGUUGACACGCUGUCACUCAUAUAGGUCAGCUGAGGCUGUUGGAAACGCCCACUCAGAGGUUACAAAUAUGUAAGUGCAGGCUGCGUGUUUGGAUGUCUUCAAGAUGAAGUCUGGUGCAACUGAGUACCCCCACCUUCCCAUCAUUUUAUUUUUAGGUUGCAGAUUGUGCAACUUCAAACCUGACAGCGUGAGUUUCCUCAUAAAUGUUUAGUUUUCCCUGCCAACAGCCCCGUGGUGACGUCUGUAGUUUCCUCUUUGAGUCCUCUCUUACUUUUAAGUCAAUGAAAGUCAUUUUGAGCCACGAGCUAAUUAUGUGCAGAUACUACUUUUCAUUAUCGAUUCUGAUCAAAUGCUUUGAUUCAUCAUUAUCCAAACAGAUGUUUGCCGUCUCGUUGAGGCCUUCUGUUCCAUUGUGUGAGCACACUCUACAGACCGUACAGUUUCAGUUUGAGGCGAGAAGACAAGAAGUUUUGACAUUUCAUUGAUAUUAUAUCACAGCUUUGUAGGUGUGAUGAGAGCAGAAAAUAGAGUCAUGAGAAGCAUAAGAGCAUAAAACUACAGUGAUUGUCCCUCAGUGGCGAGAUGCAGUAUGUGUUCCUAAAAAAAAAAACACGUAGAGAAGUAGCACAGAUGUGUCAUCCGUUGAGUGUAGAAUUACAGUUUAAUUUCAGCCUGUCUGCCUAAACUUCAAUGCAGUUUAUUAUUUUUUCUGUCCACUCACAGCUCCCUGAUCACAGCGCAGUAACUCAGUGUGAAAACUGAAUUAGUCAGUAGGUUGAGUGAGAGAAUGCACCAUUUCCCUGUCAGGUGCUACAGCUCCACAAAAUGUCCUGAAGGUCAUUGUGAAGGCACCAUCUGCUGUCACAUUUGUUGGGAUGAGGUUCCCAAAUAAUGUGUAAAUGUCAGAAUACAUACACUUUUUAUGGGUAGUAACUUGACCUUUGACCCCUGCCCCGGCCACCCCCCCCCCCCCCCCCCCAGUCCUUCCACUGUUUCUGACCUGUUAUGCCAUGAUAAUGUGCCUUUUACACUGGCUAACGAGAAAUACUGGACUUGUGCUUUAUGUAAAUUUUACAUGUACUCAACCAAAAUGCUGACAGGAAAAACCUCCCUCAAAUCUGAAUUUACAUGUGCCUGCUGUGAUCUGGGUCAUCGACAGCUCCCUCCCCAUGUGGAAAUCCAAACAAACAAAAAAUAAAUAAAAAAAAAAGCUAGCACGCUAACUAGAUAGCUACGUUUAAGCCAGUUCGUGUGCAGCAUGGCGGUUCAUGACUCUUGUAAACUGUGGCGGGCUGCACAGCACAACUUUGCUGACAGAAAGAAUAUGUGCUGUGAGUAGGCUAACAGUGGGGGCAGCCAUGAUGGAAUAAUGCAUGAAUGCGCCAAAGUCAGAAUAUCAGGAGAUUUUCUCGAUCCUCCGGAUCUGCUGUUGUGGUGCAAAUACAGCGUAACACUUGCCAGCUUGUUAGCUUGCUCGCUAGAUUACCAGCUAGCAUGCAUUGUAGUUCCCUUACUUGCUAGCUAGCUCACUAUGUUGUGUAAGUCCAGGCAAUCCGAAGAUGAUGUGACAGAAGAGAAAAGAUGAAGCCAAUGAAGAUGGGGGCUGACGUUUUGAUUUCUGAGUGUAAAGUAAGAAAAGCAGAUCCUCAGACCUGUCAUGUCUCUUAUUUUCAGUCUGUCCGCGGAGCCGCUUGCAGACAUUUGAGGCCUUUCGUGUAUCACUUUGGGAGGAGCUUGUCGCUAACUCAGAUCAGUCCUUUUCGAGUCACUCCAGCCAGAACACGCAAUACCUACAGCUAGAAAUCGGUGCUUUUGGACGUGGUUGCCGUUGAUUACACACGACAUGUCGCCAUGUUUGAAGAGCGACGUUAAAAUACAGAAAGGUGAAGUGUUUUUCUCUUCUUGCGUAGCUUCAUUGGACCUCCUGCCAGCACUUGAAAUGUCCAACAUUACUUGUUGCUCUUGAACGUGGCACUGUGUCGUAAUCACUGGUUACCGCCGACAAUGCUUGCAUGAAUUGUACACUAGUUUCAGUUUGUACAUUAUUCUGCUUCCACUGUGUAAUGCAUCCAGCAGUGCACUUUACAACGCUAUUCUGAUUCAAUACAAACAGCAUUACUGUGUGCUCCCAGUGCUCUUCCACACUUUUGAAAGGGAUAGUUUUGUUUUUGAGGAAUAUGGUGUUAGACCAGCGCUUGUUUUGUGUCUCUGCAUGCAUAAUUGCAGACAGGUUGAAUGGUGACAUCAGCAUAGUUUAGCUCAAUUGUUAAAAGUCAGUGGGUUCAAGUGGCAGCUCAGCCUCAAAGCAAGUUUAAAGGACUAUUUCUCUACUUUUGUGCAGAGCUGCUAGUUGAUCCCACAGAUAUCCAGCAAUUGAGCUAAGUUAAAGUAAUCUCGCUGUCACAUGAUACCUUCAAACUGCAUAUUUGACAGAAAGCAGCAGUAAAAUUCCUUUGAAAACUAAAAUAUCACUUCAGUACAGUUAUCACUUGGAAAAAGUUCAAUUUGUGCAGAAGUGUAAACUGGUUACGUCACAGCAGGAAGACAUGCCAGUGUCUGUGAUGGAUGGGUUUUUCCUCUCUGUGUCCAUUUUAACAACUCUGUAUUUGUAAUAAUUUUGCUGUGUGUGUGUCUGUGUGUGUGUCUGUGUGUGUGUGUGUGUGUGCAGCUGAAAAUGCAUCGCGCAGAGUUUGUGUUGUACAUAUGACAAAGACAGCUUUGCUGCAGCUCCAGCAUACUUUCUUUGUUGUCUUUUGGAUUUAUUUAUUUUGGGGUUUUGUAUGUGUCCCAGACCACACAAACUAUCUGUCUCCCACUGUUUGAACUUUUUUUUUUUAUAUAUUUAGGAGACACGGUAUGAACAGUGCGAUUACAUGUAAUGACAAGUCUUCCUUCAAACUAAAAUA